AUGGGAAUGAGAUUAAUAUUUUCUCAUUAUGUGUCCGCCAUAAUUUUUAAUAUUUUCUUUCUUUCUUUCUUUCUUUCUUUCUUUCUUUCUUUCUUUUCAACCGUUCUUUCUUUCUUUCUUUUCAACCGUUCUUUCUUUCUUUCUUUCUUUCUUUCUUUCUUCUCAACCUGUCUCUUUCUGUUUAUCUUUUUUAAUCUCUUUCUUUCUUUCUUUCUUUCUUUCUUUCUUUCUUUCUUUCUUUCUUUCUUAGGCCGAAAAUCAACAAAAUGCUUAGAUAUAAACAUAAUCUAUUUUUCUUAUUCUCUAUGUCUUUAUCGCUUUUUCUUUCUUUAUUAUAAUUUUUCUUCCUCUAUACCUCCACUUUAUUUCUUUUUCUUUCUUUCUUUCUUUCUUUCUUUCUUUCUUUUCAACCGUUCUUUCUUUCUUUUCAACCGUUCUUUCUUUCUUUUUUCUUUCUUUCUUUCUUCUCAACCUGUCUUUUUCUGUUUAUCUUUUUUAAUCUCUUUCUUUCUUUCUUUCUUUCUUUCUUUCUUUCUUUCUUUCUUUCUUUCUUUCUUUCUUUUCAACCGUUCUUUCUUUCUUUUUUUUCUUUCUUUCUUUCUUUCUUUCUUCUCAACCUGCCGAAAAUCAACAAAAUGCUUAGAUAUAAACAUAAUCUAUUUUUCUCAUUCUCUAUGUCUUUAUCGCUUUUUCUUUCUUUAUUAUAAUUUUUCUUCCUCUAUACCUCCACUUUAUUUCUUUUUCUUUCUUUCUUUCUUUCUUUCUUUCUUUCUUUUCAACCGUUCAUUCUUUCUUUCUUUUUUCUUAACCUGUUUAUUUCUUUCUUUCAUUCUUUCUUUCCAUUCACCACUAUCUUUUUACAUCCUUUACCUCCAAUAA